CCCGACACCAUGGUUCAUUUCACAGCACAGGAGAAGGCUGCUGUUGCACGUGUAUGGGGAAAAGUGAACUUGGAAGAAAUUGGAGGAGAAACUCUGGGAAGGCUCUUGACUGUCUACCCAUGGACACAGAGGUUCUUUGACAAAUUUGGAAACCUAUCUUCAACUGCAGCUAUCAUGGGCAACCCCAGGGUGAAAGCCCAUGGCAAGAAAGUGCUGACGUCCUUUGGAGACGCCAUUAAGAACAUGGACAACCUCAAGGAGGCCUUUGCUCAUCUGAGUGAGCUGCACUGUGACAAGCUGCAUGUGGAUCCUGAAAAUUUCAAGCUCCUGGGAAACAUGUUGGUGAUUGUCAUGUCUGCUCACUUUGGCAAGGAGUUCACUCCCGAGGUGCAGGCUGCCUGGCAGAAGCUGGUGGCUGGGGUGGCCAGUGCUCUGUCCCACAAAUACCACUGA